CAUCCGGGCUUAUGUUGUCCUCCCGAGGUUACUACCAAAUCCGCCGAGCCACUUGACUUCCCUUUCUCUUCCCGGUCAGCAGCGCGCAAUCGCGAUCCACCGCUCCCAAAUCGAGCCAGUCUAUCCUGCAGAGGACAUCGACCGUGGACCCAAGGGAACCAAACUUUAGAAUCCGUGUUUUAGAACAAAAAGAGUGCUUCCCGGGGUCCCUACUCUGGAAAGCCAGGUGUACAUCGCCGGGUCACUACCUUCUACGGGAACCAGUGCGGUUCUUAUUUCAUCCCACAUCCUCUCCGUCCUGCCGGCCGUAUUUUUUUUUCUUGUUUUCCAAAAAAGUUGUAAAGACAUGGCCCAGCAAGAAAUGAUCUACAGAACUUCUGCCAUGUCUCACGGAUCCUGGAACUCCUCGCGCAGCGUCAUCUACGAUGACAGCUCAUAUCCAGGUAGCGCCCGUGAGAACGGAUACCCAAACUCAAGUGUGAUUUACUCGUCCGGGUCCGGUCCAUCGUAUAGUUCGCCGGCCAGCGUGUCGGUAGUGGGGACUAGUGGUCCAGUCGCGCGGCACCAGUCCGCCUACACUCCAUCGCCGGUCUACAUCUCGAGAGCGUCGUCCGGGCCAUACGGAAAUUCUUCCGGGGCAACAUACGGUUCGUAUACUAGCACGAGCUCGCAGGGUUGGGAUGGUCCAGGCAGAUACUCUCCGACGGAUUCCGUUGAUGAUAUCAUCACAUCACCCGGUUUAUCGGAUUACACCUUGGAUAACAAUGGCGGAGGUGCCGCAUCAGUAGGAAAGUCCAAGAGCAGUGGAAAGAGCCGUCCCCAAAGACGGCCAUCUAACAGAGAUGAGUUCGACGGACCCCACCAGUUUCUAGCGAGACCUCCGCCGGAUUAUGUUGCUAUGCAGGAGAGAGAGCUGCCGCAUCUCCCGACGAAUCUCUUGGUGCAAGAGCAGGAUAGUGUCCUGACGCAAGUCAACGAUCGACUCUCGCAGUGCGCGUUCGACUUUGUUGCCAAAUACCAGUUUCCGAUCCCCUUGACCCAGGACAUGAGACCUGUCGAGAGGCCCCAGGAUAGGGAAUGGACCGAAUGGGUCUACUUACUAAAGCGUCUCGCGACGAAGAGACGAAUACCCGCCCGGGUUCUCUAUAACGGACAGAUCAAGCAAUUCGUGACUAUCCUGGAAAACUCUUUGGAAAUGCGGCAUGCUGCAAAGCAUCAGUCGCGCCCGUUGAAGGAUGACCGUAACAUCCUUCAACUAAUCAGUGCCGGUAUCCAGGUUGCGAAGAUCCUCAAGGAUGCAGCCGCUAUGGACUACCUGGACAGACUAUACGUUUCAACCGAACAACAGAUUCAGGAACGAAGUGCUGCAGCGUCGGCACGGUUCCGCUGAACAAAAUACCAUCGGCAUCUUGGUCGGUGAUGAUAUCAACGUUUUUCCUCUCGAAGCUUCUUCAGCUACCGAGACUCGCCCCGAGGGCAUUGGGUAGCGCCUUGGAUCGCCCCCAUCAAUAUGUUAACAAUGUAUGAAGCCGCUUGUGUGCAGGCAGAAUGAAUCACGAUUUUCUUUUUCUUUAUCGUCUCCUUUCGACGGCACAGGCGGAGGGAGAGGCAUCGUUCGUAUUUUGAGGCGCGAUACGGUAAUGUCUGGUACGGGUUUGGAGUGUUCGAAUUCUGAAUU